AUGCCCUAUUCUUUGUCGGGUCGCAAUGUUUUGAUUACCGGGGGCUCUCGAGGGCUAGGUGCUCUUUCAGCUGAGAAGUUCGCCUCUGAGGGAAGCAAUGUUGCUAUCAACUAUAUGUCCAAUAAGGAGGCUGCAGAUAAACUUGCCUCAGACAUUGCAGGCAAAUAUGGUGUAAAGACUGUGGUUAUCCAAGGCGACGCCGGAGUCAAAGAUGACUGUGUCAACGCCGUCAAAACCACAAUUGAGAAGCUGGGGGGCUUAGAUAUCAUUAUCUCGAAUGCCGGGUGGACAAAAAUGACCAACUUCGCCGAUCUUGAUGCCAUGGACGACGAUGACUGGGAUAAGUGCUGGUCGGUUAAUGUCAAGAGCAGCUUCCACCUGUUCAAGGCAGCUUUGCCCACGUUCAAUGCGAACCCUGAAGGUGGUGUUUUCCUCAUCACAGCCUCGACUGCGGGCGUCACGGCAGGUGGCAGCAGCUUGCCUUAUGCUGUCUCGAAAGCAGCAUCUAUCCAUCUCAUGAAGUGCCUUGCUAGUAGCCAGGGCGCCAAAGUUCGCGUCAAUGCUAUUCUUCCUGGUCUGUUGCUCACUGAAUGGGGUCAACGCUUCCCAGCCGAGAAAAUUGAAAGCUGGACAAAUGCGACAACCCUUAAGCGAGCACCCGAGGUCGAAGACUGUGCGGACAUGUUUGUUACAUUGGCCAAGAAUGCUUCUAUAACUGGUCAGACAGUUCAAAUUGAUUCUGGCUUCGCGAUCUGA